UGGGCCGUAGCCGGAGCUUGCGCAGUGAGGCCGGGUCAGAGUUGGGUGCAGCUCCACCAGAGAAGGAAGCGGAGUUUCCGGCUGUUUGCAGCGGAGGGAGAGGAUUGCUGACGCCGCGAAACCCCGAGAAAAACGCCGCCGGCUCGGGGGCUAAGAUUUUCUAGCGUCUGUAGUGGUCGUUUUCUUUCAUAUCGGGGGAUCUGGGGGCAGGUGAUUUUUUUUUUUUUUAACGGGCCGAGGGUGUCGGACAGCAAAAGCAAGCAAAGAAGCGGCACAAGGCGGGGGUGAGCCACCAGCUACCGGCAUGGCCAGGGACUACGAUUACCUCUUCAAGCUGCUCAUCAUCGGUGACAGCGGAGUGGGGAAGAGCAGUCUCCUCCUGCGAUUUGCAGACAACACAUUUUCAGGUAGCUAUAUCACCACGAUUGGGGUGGACUUUAAGAUCCGGACAGUUGAGAUCAACGGGGAGAAGGUGAAGCUACAGAUCUGGGAUACAGCAGGGCAGGAGCGCUUUCGCACCAUCACCUCCACAUACUACAGGGGAACACAUGGGGUCAUAGUGGUAUACGACGUCACGAGUGCCGAGUCCUUCGUCAACGUCAAACGAUGGUUACAUGAAAUCAACCAGAACUGCGACGAUGUGUGCCGAAUAUUAGUGGGAAACAAGAACGACGACCCCAACUCUAAGGUGGUCGAGACGACUGACGCGCAGAAGUUUGCGGAGCAGAUGGGAAUCAAUCUGUUUGAGACCAGUGCAAAAGAGAACAUCAAUGUUGAAGAGAUGUUCAACUGCAUCACGGAGCUGGUGCUAAGAGCCAAAAAGGAGGUGCUAGCCAAGCAGCAGCAGCAGCAACAGAACGACGUGGUCAAACUCACCCGGAACAGUAAACGAAAGAAAAAGUGCUGCUAGCAAAGUCGAAGUCCUCUACAAAAAAGGCCGGCGGCGUCUUUUCUUCUCACACACGUACAUACACACACACACAAUGGGACUGAGAGCAUCUAAAUUAAAGAGCAGAUAAAGAUUUAAUAAAUAUACGGUGAAAGAUUAAAAAAUAAAUAAAUACAUGGAGAAAAAUGUCCCUUUUGGACAAACUAAUCAUGAAGACUUUAAAAAAAAAUGUACAGAUUUUAUCAGACGUCAGAUCAAGUUUUAUUUGGAAUUCAGCAGAUGGGCACUAUUGACCUGAGGUCCUCCUUUCUUAAAGGAUCUGCAAGCUGACAACUGACCGCCAUAAUUCGCCGAUUUAUAUCCACAUAAUCCCCAUAUUCUUCCAUCAGUAUCUCAUCUCUCCUUCUCAUUCCACUGCACACGGGACAUUCAGAGUCGGGGCAGACUCUGUGCCUGAGGAGAAGGAGGGCUCACCUUUUUUGGAUCUAUUUGUUUCUUCCUAGUUUUCUUCUUGGGGAGGAGUGGGGCGGGGGGCUGUUCGGCUGUUCGGUAAAAGCGGAGGUCCCGCCACCUCUCUACAGUUUGAGCAUUUCAGACACCUGUCUUACCACAGCUCACGCCAAAAGAUCAUGAACUGCUAGAUUUUGAUUUAUUUGACUUGAUGGGGGAAAGAAAUCACAUGGAUGACGAUGAUGAUGAUUGGUAGACGACCUUUAGCAACUAAUCCGAUGGACAGAACUGGUGACUUUACAUGUUUUAUUUUUCUUUGUAUAUGUUUUGCCAAGCUUCCCACCCUCUCCCCUCUAACCUCCAGUAGUGUUGAGCCAACGAUAAUUGAUUUUAGUUUUUUCAUUUUCUGUCUUUUUGUUCUGAGUGCAGCAGAGCAGCUCUCUGACGUUUAGCUCUGACGGCACCGGCCACUGUAGUCUUACUUUGCUUUCAGAGUUUGCUUUUAAAACUUUUUCCUCCACAAUUUUUUAAAGAAUGAUACUGCCAAUAUAAUUAAAAAAAAAUAUAUAUACAUAUAUAUAUCAGGAGCUCAGUGGCGCCUCUCAUUGGACUGUUGCCAUAGUGGCCCCUGGUUGGCCAAGAGGCAGGGUGAAUAAAGUCCUCAGGAAGCGCUCAGGGCUAAGCCUCUUCCCACCUUCCUCCUCUCUAAUUCUAUAUUUCUGCAGCAAGCGGACUUCUUCCCCCUCCAACACCCACAUAUCAGCACCUCUCACAACAACGGACUCGCCUCCCGUAUUUGGUCACUCACGGGGCAUGAGGAGGCUCUAACUCUGGAAACUGGCCUCUCUUAAUCAUCGCCGUGACGUCCAAUCCAUAGCAGACUUUUUGCCUUUGGUUUUUGAGCAUGUAACACUUUGUUCGAAGGGGUAUUUAAAAGGUAUUGCCUGACAUGCAUUUGGACUGUCAAGGAUUUCCUCAGCUUGCAGGACAUUCUGAACAGUUAACUAAUGUUAAAGUCUGAUGUCAUGUUUUUCUUCCGCUUUUCUCUGUCACAAACCCCUGCUACCUGUUCAACUGAAGUGUUACCGGACAGUGUUUUUGGCCUCUAUGAUGAGAGUGUGGCAGAGAGUGGGACUGUUAAUGUAGGAACAAAUGGGGAUGAACUGCAGUACUGGAUCUCAGUGUGUUUGGGCCUGAGCUCCUCUCCCUCUCCCUCUCCACUCGCACCGCCAGGGUUUGUCACAGAGGCAAAUCAUACACUUUCUAUUACUGACAUAUUAUUUUCUUUGUUUUGAAUUGGGAGAAUAAUAAAUGGAGAGAGCUGUAGUUAAUGACUAAGAAACUGUUGGAAAUAUUUAGUUUUUAUCCUCUGGGCAGACUCUGGCAGGCGGUUUGGGAUCCUGAUAAACGUCAAGAGGUCACUUUGACCUCCAGAGCCCGGAGAUGGUAUCAAAUCUCACACUUUGAUUUCUAUUCAUUAUGUGUAUGUAUAUAUAAAUAUAUUUGUGUGUUUAUAUUCAAUAUAGAACAUACACGCAUAAUUAGCGCACCAAACUGCAUGUGUUAAACAUGCCCCGUGUGCUAUGGUUGAAACACACUCGUCAGCUGUGGUUUGCUGUACACUGGAGAAAAAGAGAUGUACUAUUCAUUUUUCCCUACAUGAAUUUAAUCAGUAAUAAACGUUUUAAAAGAAUAAAUAUUUGACACAUAAUGACUGAUCUCAUUUGUCAGUGAUUUGAGGCUUGGUCUUAACUUCAUUUUGAACCUGUGGCUUUUUAUUUUCUGUUUUU